AUGCAAAUCAAGCCAGCUAUUCCGCCAAUGGCUCCCCUCCCGGAAGCCUUCUUCCCGUCCCUGGACAAGUGCUUCUCCGGGGACGUCCAGCUUCUGUCUUGGAAGAGAGCCUUCCUAUACACAUGCAAUCACGCGAGUGCAGGAGAUGAUGCGGAGAAACUACAUGCCUUCCUGUCGCAUCCCGACAGCAUCCAGAUUCUCUCGAAUUGCCAGAACGGGUUCCCGCCUCCAUCGGCCAAAUCUAAGACGGAAUUCGAAUCCAAAACAGCUGCCAUCCAUGUCGAGACCAAUGCGCAAUCUUCAUACGACCUCAAGGAGAUCAAAGCGGACGCUCUUUGGCUGAGCGAGAAAGCUGGGAUCGAUGAAAUCAGCGCGCUUCGGAUUACCGUGUUGGAAUGGCAAAAUCGACCUGCGACACGCCUCUUAACUCGCUUCGCUGGGGAGGAAACAACAAGUCUGCAAAGUGCAACAGGGGUCGAUAACCUGCGCGCAUCCCUCGCGGGUCCUGCUCUUGCCGAAGUUCUCAAUCGCAAAAUCCUGGUGAACGAUGAUUCCGUCGACUUUCUUUCCGAAAAAAGUAGACGCCUAAGGUUACGCAACCUCUAUCUCUCCGAACGCAGCCAUGUCAUCAAGGUAUCUCGCAAACUCUUGGGCUUUUUCCAUCUCGGCACACUUGACCCCGCUCCCACCCAGCAAUCAUCGAGCAAGCAAAGUGAUUUGUGCAGAUUGGGCGCCCAAGUCUUCGAUGGCAAACUCAAAGAAGGGAAAUGGCACACAUUUAGCGAAAGCUGUAUCGAAGCGGUCCGCAGUCGACUGAAGUCUCUGACAGAAGAUGGCGGGUGGCUAAGUGUCACUGAGAGCAAUCAGCAAGUUGAAGAUUUGUGGGCGACAACCCUCGUCGAAGAAAUCCUGCACAUUGUGCAGAUACUAUUUUUGCAACUACAGGCCUCUGAAGAGAUACCCUCCGCUAGUCUUGUGCUCUCUUGGCUCAAGCUGAUGGUUGAGCAUAGCUUCCUCGAGCCACUUGUAAUUCCAUGCCAGGAUCCCUUGGAAGUAUUAGUGCCACUUCAGGGCUUUGUUUCCUUGACCACAAUCGCGUUCUUGAAACUUCAGCUGUCGGUCCCUGCUAUCAUCAAUAAAACCUUUGUUAAGGGCAAAAGCCUUGCAUCCUCCAAAACUCCUUACUACCUGUGCAAGGAGGAGAUUGGUCAGAUCCAUGAAAUGUUCUUGUCUGCAGGCCUUGAAUGUAAGACUGCUAAUCCGGGCGCAUUUGCAUGGGGUAUGAUAUUACACACUAUGCGGGAGCUCGCGCUUAAUGACAGAGAGACACGCGAGCUAGAGCAAUUCCACAGCGCUGUCGAUUCCUUUCAGUCGAAUACACCAGACUCAAACGCUGGCCGAUCAUCCGAGUCUUCGCUUUAUGAGGAGUUGCUUGAGCGCACACGGUCACCCAAUUACACCAUCGAUGAGUCAAUUGCCGUCUUGACCUCAGACGUAAUGAAGGAGGUUGUCUUCGAUACAAUCGUUGCAUUAGCAACUAAAGUUGAACCGACAUCUGCGGUCGACGAUCAAUUAACGGCCAAUUGGAUCCGAGUGGUGUUGCUGGACUUCCUUCGGGCCGCAGUGGUGUACUUGGACUAUUCUCCAGAGAUUCUCGAAGCUGUCUUAGCGAUCCUCAACGGGCCUGCAACAGAGCCUCAAUGGCUUUCCGACUCGCAAAUGCCACUUUCAACGGAUCCACGACUCCGGUUCGUCAAGGAAGAUAUCCUGAUGGAUAGCAUCUUCCGGAUCGCACGCUCGCGAUUCCCCUAUGAAACAGUACCUUUCUUGAAACUAUGCCGCGCUCUAGUCAGCAAAGAUCUAGUCGAUGAAGAAGGCCUUCCAUUUAUUGUCGCAGAGCUGGAGAAUAUGGGGUCAUUUACCCAAAUCGUGCCUCAUGAUUUCUACGGCUACCAAACGGUGAGAGAAGAUGAAAACGCGAACUUUGUCUCUCUCGUUGAGCCACUGCCGAUGGUCUCGUCCGCGCCGCGGAGACUGAUUGGCAGCCGUGACAUGGGCAAUGCGUUGGUUGUCACAGCCUCGUCCCAGAUUCCAUCGACAGCAGUCGGCCAGAUUGUCUCCGAGUCGAGGCCUGCAGUCAUUGCGUGGCAGCAUCAAUAUUCCUGCUUGAGCUACCUUGGAAGUUGGCUAGAAGGAUGGAACGAGCAAGGAGGUUUCGCAGCAGGCUAUGGAGAGGAGUCUGUCGCGGAUUCCAUCGGACUACUUGCUGACCUUCUGGUAGCUGCUAAGGAUGCACAGGCACAAAAUCGGGACGGAUCUGGCGCCAAGCGUAUUCUAGAGUUGGCUAGUGACGGCCUAUCCCAUCAAGGCGACAUCAUAUCCUUAAUUUUCGAUAUCUUUGAACGAAACCUUCCACUUGUUGGCUCACGAACUGGCUUGGAUGCUGUACUAGAGAGUACGAUCGCCUGUCUGCGGUUUAUUCAUGCUCUGUUAGAGGUUCUGCCGGGCAGAGUUUGGCCAUUCCUUUCUCGCAGUGGCCUGCUUGGCACAGAUGGAAAGGGUGGUGUUAUGACAACUAUUAUCUCUGCUGCGGAGGUAACAUCAGGAAAUUACCCUUUCCUCUUGGGCUGUGUGCGGUUGUUCGAUGCUGCCGUCGAGGACGCAGCCUCUCGCGCAGUUUUGAGACGGAGUCCGAAUGGCGUUAAUGGAAAGAUGAUGAAUGCCUCAGACUGGACCGCAGGCGUUCCUUCACAUAUGAUGCGAGGCAUCCUACUAAACUUUGUGCGGGCCAUGGUCGACGCCUACAACAGCAAUGGGAAUUGGAGAUUUAAUGCCAUCGAGCAAAGGUUCGAGGUAAACACGUCGCUUGCCAGGACAUUUGAACGAAUAAUCUAUUACGCAUACGGAACGAAUGAGGAUGAGAAAUUGGACAUGAAGGCUACAGGUGUCCUCUCAUCUUCCGCAACAUUCUUAUUAGAGGUGAUGCGUCCCGAGUCGACCGAUGACUUGCCCUUUAAUUCUAUCCUACGCCUAAUUCUUGAUGGUCUCCAAACUCCUUCGACAUUGUAUCUCCGUUAUUUGGCCCUUGUUCAAAAACAGGUUCUCGCGACAUUGGAGCUUUCGGCCCGGCUGUUGCAGGCAGCACGGUGCCUAGGCCUUCCCCCUUCGCUUCUGGAAGAACAGCUCUUCAAGGCUAGUCCAGCGCUUGUGAAGUUGUACGCUUCGGAUGAUGUCUAUCGAUUCCCGAUCAUCUCGAUCUUGGAGAUCCUCAUAUCUGGCGCCGCUUCUGACUCUGCCAAGGAACCACCAUCUCUGGUCGGUCACCUGGGUCCUGAAUCAGUCUGUCUCUUCCUCGACGUUCUGUCUCAAUUCGACAAGCCACUCAACGACCAGCGCCUCCAGUUGGUGAUCUGGCAUUUUCUGUCUACUAUCAUAAGCAAGCGUCAACCGUGGCUUGCCGUCUACAUUCUAACGGGAACGUCGCCGCGUCAAUCACUGAAGAAGGACGACAAGCAGAAGGGGCUUGCCAUGAGAGGGACUCCUUUUUUGCAGAUUGCUCUCGACACACUUGCGAAGAUAGAGCAGACCGAUCUUCAAGUAGCCCUCUCACAACUGGUAUUUGUUUCUCACGCGCAGGAACACUGGCCAUGGGCGACUCCCGAGCUGAAGAAACACCCGCAAUUCUUUACCAGCAUCGUCAGCUAUGUCUCCAAGUUGAAAAUCUCGUCUCUAUCAGCGGUAGACCAGAUCUUUGCUACUCGGAUAGCGGCCGUGGUUGCAGAUCUUUGUGGCGUGUAUCUGCAUGCAGCGAAGGAUAUGCAAGACAAGGGCUUUUACAAGACUAUGAUUCCCCUUGUUUCUUGGUUCUCGAAGGAUGCGGUGGAUGUGUCUGGUUACAAUGCGUCUCUACAUGUGAAUCUCAGGAAAAACUUCGAGAUGCGGUACCCUGGGUGCAAGCUCGCCGACUUCAAGAGAUCCCCGCUGCAGUCUCGCACGCUUGGACGUGGAUACUACUAUGACAUUGAACUAGGCCAGAAACUUCUCUCAUACGACUUUGCCUGGACAGGGACUCGGAACCAAGGGUUCGCCGAAGAAUUUCAGCGUGCCAACCUCAACUUGUCUUUGGUUGAGGCGCAAGUGGCUCUCCUUUACAGCUGGAAGUUCUUUGCCAUCGAGCAUUGCGAAGACUUCAUGGCAGAUCGUGAAGUCCAGAAGUCGAUGGCUCUGGUCGUGCAGAGCUGUCUGGAAGCCAAUACCCGAACUGUUCCUCAGGAAGCUAUCUUCGAACGCAUCCAGCAAACCCGAGCAGAAUUUGCGCAAGCCCUGCUCCAACGCCUGGUUACGAUUGGUGCUAAAGGAGCUGAGGUCUUCGGUCUUCUCAAGGUCGUAUGGGAUGCAUUGCGAUCCCGCCGCGCUUCUUACGAAGAAGCUAUUAUCAACGACGACACGGACUAUUACCGCCUACUAUUGAAUGUUCUUUUCCUUGCGCUUCAGUUCCAUCUCGAUUCGCCUUCGCGAACCGCCCCGGAGACUCUGACAAAGAAAGCGGAGGUGUCCUCCGAUCUUGGAGUCGUGGUGGAGAUUGUCAAGGUUGUGGUUGCGCAAGGCUUCAAGUCCUUAGUCACCUAUCUUCAUGAGCAACCUGACAAAUGUACGCCCAAAGACUUUGCUCUUCUUACUGCGAUCCUGCAAAGUGCAUUGCAGGUCAAAAAUGUUGAUCGCUUAUUUGAGCAUAUCGUCUACCACAUUGCCGAUAAUGACACAGCGCGACUUGCAACUUCCUUAUUCUCCUGGGCCGAUCAACGGACUGUGGCUGGCGACCCCGUGUACGGCGAGCUGAGCAUGUCCUUCCUCGUUAAGCUGUCCACCAUCCCGAUGCUGGCAGAGCAUCUAGCUGUCGAGACCGUCCUGGCGCGUAUUUCUACUAGCCGACUUACGGCCUUCAUGCGCCAGAGUAAGGGCUUCGGACCGUUCGACCCAGUUCCGCGACUCUAUUCAAUCUGGACGGGCGGCAUUCUCCCUCUGUGUCUGAAUCUCCUCUACCAUGUUAUGCGCACCGCGCCGGAGGUGGCCGGGUUCCUCAACCAAUUCGAAGGUCAACUGACUCGCUCAGCCGAAUCAUUCGCUGCCGGCCGCACCGUCAGCGUUUCCGGGGUUGCUUCCACGCGGCGACUUACUCUCAGCAUGGUCUCCGAAGCGUACUCCCUCGCGCUGAUCUCGUUCAUACUGACCCGGUUCCGCGAAGCCGGCGCCAGUAUCGGAGUCGACGCCCAGGCAAUCCAGCCACUGAAGUGGGACAAGACACAAGUCAAGGACGACAUCGAGGAGCUCCUCGAGCGCAAGCAGAGUCUGCGGGCACGUAUCGUGGCCACCAGCGACAAGGAGCUAGAGUUGGCGCGUCAGAAGCCGGUCGAUGCUGCCUCGGGAGCUGAAAACCGGUUGGAGGAGAAGAUAAUCAGUGAGUUAAAGGCCACGCUGAUUACCCUUGGCGGCGAUGAGGCGUGAGGUUCGAGUUCCAGGUGUGCAAGAAACGGUGUUUAGAAUCCAACUAGACAGAUUCGCUCUAUCACUUGAGCGGGUGAUUUAUAUUUGUGUAUGGUCUUUUAUUAUUUCCAUCCGAUGAGCGAACUCAGGGGGGUACUACGACUAUUUUUUCAG